UGUUAAGCUGGAAGUAGACGCCCAGUAGUUGCUAUAUCUUUUCUGGCUCUAUCUGAAGGUAAUAAGUAUAAAAAGUAUUCGGACUUAGUCAUAUGAAAAAUACUGGUUUACGGAAAAGAGAAUUAGAAAAACUAGAUAGCUGUUAAUUCUACUCGAACUUUAUGUUAAUCAUUGUUCUUAAUCUAUUGAAAGACAGCUAAAAAGACAAUGAUCGUGGACACUGCCAGAUUGAACACUGGUCACCAUCAUACGAAUUGAUUAAAUUCAAGUAAUUGAAAGUGGGCGCUUCUGUUAAACAGAGCCGCCAUGUUACCAAAACAUUUGUUUACCGGUAAAAACAGCCACUAUAUUUUAUGCAUCAAACUUUGGCUAACACUUUAUAUGUUGUCUGCAGGCCAACGUAUCGAACUGCAAAUUGGUGGUUUUUUCCCGGUCAGUGCUAAUCUGACGAAAGGUGCAAUUGGAAGAGGAGUAAUUCCAGCAGUUAGAUUAGCCUUAGAACAUAUCAAUGACUGUCGUCAUAUUCUUACUGAUUACAAACUUACAAUACAGUGGAACGAUACCCAGUGUGACCCAGCAGUUGGAAUGAAGAACUUUUUCGAUAUGCUUUCCAGAAAGACUCAUAAAGUAGUUGCCCUCUUUGGUGCUGCCUGUACUACCGUCACAGAUCCAAUCGCCAAAGCAGCUCAGUUUUUCCAAUUAGUACAGUUAACUUAUGCAGACACGCAUCCGAUGUACAGAAUGGAAAAUUACCCGAACCUUUUUCGUGUAGUCCCCAGUGAGGCAGCUUUCAACCCAGCAAGAGUUGCUUUGUUACAGUACUUCAACUGGACACGGGUUGGAACCCUUUAUCAGAAUUCACCACGAUAUGCUCUGCCUCACAGUAAGCUGUUAACAGCUCUAGAGACAGCCAAAAUAGAUAUUGCUGCACAACACGGAUUCGUCGAUGAACUGACGUCAGCUAUACUCAAGUUAAAAGAAAAAGAUGUAAGAAUCAUCCUAGGUAACUUCGACCAAAGUUGGGCUGGACAGAUAUUCUGUGAGGCUUAUCGUGUGGGCCUUUACGGAAGGAAGUACCAAUGGAUUAUCGUUGGCAUGUAUGACGAUUAUUGGUGGAGAAAUACUGGUAACAAUAUCACAUGUGACAAGUUUGAGCUUCAGGAAGCGCUAGAAGGCUAUAUAGCUACUGAUGUUCUGCCACUAAGUACUGAUGGUAAUAUUACUGUAUCAGGCUUGGUUCCUUCAGAGUACGAGGCCCAGUACAACAAAGGCAGAAGGAAGAACUAUAGUCGAUUCCACGGCUAUGCUUAUGACGGCAUCUGGGCUAUAGCGCUGGCUAUGCAGAAGGUGCGACAGAAACUGAUGUCGGAGAAAAGUGGCAAAAGUUUAGAAAUGUUCGAAUAUAAAGAUCCCAUGUGGGUUCAUUUGUUUCGUGAAGCUUUAAACAAGACAUCGUUCCUUGGAGUCACGGGUCCAGUUAGUUUCAUUCGAAAUGAACGAAGAGGGCUCAUUCUUCUGAAACAAUUUCAAGGAGGGACUGAGAAGAAGAUUGGCGAAUAUGAUUCUAUCGCUAACAAUCUGGACUUAAGUAAGGGAACAACUAUCAAGUGGAGAGGAGAUACAGACCCACCUAUGGACAGAACUCUCAUUGUUAUCGAAAGAACGAGAAUUAGCGUUACAGUCUAUUCCCUUUUGGUUACCUUCUCUAUCCUAGGAAUCUUGUUGGCGAGCGUCUUUCUGGUAGUGAAUAUCCGCUACAGAAACCAAAGGAACAUAAAGAUGUCAAGUCCUUACCUGAACAACCUUAUCAUCGUAGGUUGUAUGUUGACUUAUACAAGUGUCAUCCUGCUAGGUAUGGACAGUGGACUCACAAGCGAGAAGAAUUUCCCUUAUAUUUGUGCUGGACGAGCUUGGGUGCUGAUGUCAGGGUUCACCUUAGCCUUUGGCUCUAUGUUUAGUAAAACCUGGAGGGUUCACGCCAUCUUUACUGACAUUAAACUGAACAAAAAAGCAAUCAAAGAUUACAAACUUUUCAUGGUCGUCGGGGUUUUGAUGAUGAUUGACGUCGCUAUCUUAACCACGUGGCAGAUUAUCGAUCCAUUUUAUCGAAGAACCAGCCUCGGGCCUCCCAUGCCGUCCACCAAGAAGAAAGAUGUGGUGAUUAUCCCAGAGAUGGAGUUCUGCCAGAGCGAAAAAAUGACAAUUUUUCUGGGCUCAACUUAUGCGUACAAAGGCCUUUUAAUGGCUUUUGGGUGUUUUUUAGCGUGGGAAACUCGGCACGUCAGCAUUCCCGCACUCAACGACUCCAAGUAUGUGGGGAUGAGCGUCUACAACGUGGUGAUAAUGUGUGUUAUUGGUGCUGCCAUAUCAUUCGUAUUACGAGACAAACAAGAUGCUGCUUUUGUCAUUAUAUCUGUGUUCAUCAUCUUUUGUUCCACAACAACCCUAUGCUUGGUGUUUGUACCUAAGCUAGUUGAGUUACGACGUAAUACAGACAGUGGAGAUGUACGAACACGAGCCACGUUGAAACCUUUUAAAAGUUCACGAAGAAACUCGGAUGACGAAAUACAGAACAAAAUUAAAAUUCUUGAAAAUCAGAACUGCAGGCAGAAACAGAUAUUAAACGAGAAAACUAUUGAACUUCAGACUUUAGUCCUAGAGCUGAAAGAAGUGGAAGAACCAUUAGUGAUGAUCAAACAUGCUAUAACCACAAUUCCUGAAAAUUCCUCCUCGUCGGCUGAUAGUAGUUAUGAGAAUUUAUCACAAGUGGUCACAUCUUACAUUAUAAAAGAGGAAGAGUCUUUUAAUCAAACAUCUCACCCCAACAAGGAAGAUCUUACACAAUGUUCUUUACCAUGGAACUCCGAAGAAACAAUUGGAACAGAUGUAGAACAUACAACACAAACAUGUUGUACUCAUCAAAAUGAAUCCAAUUUUGCUUUAGCGCCCUUGACACCAGAAGUUAGGAAAAUAACAUUUAAAGAAAAUAAUUUAACAACGACUAUAGAAAUGCAUCCCCUAUCGGUAACACAAAAAAUUAGUCAAACGAUUAAAUACAUGGAUUCUGAAUCUGAAAGCAGUAGUGAAUCAUCAAGCUUACCAAAAAGUAUUUCGCCUAAAGAUGGAGAUGUUCGUACAGAGUCUGAUGAUACCUCAUACACUCGAGCUAUCAGGAGUUUCCACCAGAGGGUAAUAGUAAACGGGAUGUCAUCGUCAUGUGACGAAGACAUGGAAGAAUUGGGUUCAGGGGUUUCACAAAAAGUACAAGAUUCUUCAAGCCAUAAUAGAAAAAGUAAUCGAGAAAGAGCAAAAAGUCUUGGAACACUGCACCCUCUAACGACGACAAAUAGUGGAAAUCCUUGUGAUCCAUGUGUGUCAGUGAUACACACUCGAAGAACGGAUGGAGGAGUGAUAUCUCCACUAUUCCCUUACUUGAAUCGUACUGUGAAUGACGAUCAAACUUUAGCUAAAUAUUCUGCUAGAGACCAUACUGCUCCCAUGUAUUCCUCUUUCCCGUCUGUGAAGUGUGAUAUCGUGGAGUAUUUAUGAGAUAUGCUUAAGUGUUUGGACAAACAUUCGAUUGAAAACUAAUAUUUUAGCACAAUACAAUGUUUAUAGUAUUGGAAGUUAUAAUAUUGGCGCAAUCAUGUCUUAAAAUCGCAAGUUUCGCGAAUAGCGACAUCUAAUAACCUUCCAUUUAUUUCACUUUUACAAGCGUAUGUGUAUGUGCGCGCAUACGACUAAUUUUUGAACUUCUCGAUAGACGUUUGUUUUCUGUGAGCCAUUUUGUUAUAAUUUGUGUCUACUAACAUGUUGUUAGUGUUGAUGUUAUCUUGGCAAAACAUAUCAUUAGUCAUAUUAAGAAGAAAACAUGCAUUUACUGUAAUCAAUACCAACAAUGAACAGUCCAAUAUACAAGGACGAUGAUAAUUAUCUGAUACAUAUUAAUUUCCUUGAAACUACAUCAAAUUGAAGUUUGGGGUAGCUCAAUGCAGUCUGUCAUCAUUGAUGCCUGACUUCUGAAAACCAGAAGACAUGCAGAGUCUUUCAAACUAUUAAUUAUAUUUUAUUCUAAGAUUUACAUUCAACUGCUCUACGGUUUUUUCUUGUAUUUUUUUUGUAUGAUUUUAAUAACUUUCCUUACAGACUGUUUUAUAAGACUUUUUAACCAUACUGCUACUAUCCAUCAUUUGUAGUAAGGAAGCAAGAAAAUUAGUUAUUAGAUUUUAAUUAUUAUAAUAAACUGUACUGAUAAACAAUUCAGCUUUUGUGACCUUUUUUG